AAUAAUUUGAUCAAAUAUUCAGUCCACAUACAUUACGUGCCCAGCUGACCCAGCUGCAACACUUGGUAUAAAACUUCCAUUCUUGGUUUUGAUUGUCAAGAAUCUAAAGAAGUAUUUCACAUUUGAGAUUCAAGUUUUGGAUGAUAAGAAUGUCAGACGACAAUUUCGAGCCUCAAAUUUUCAAGUGUGCUGUCACUCGGGUAAAGCCCUACAUGUGCACUAUGCCACUGAGAAUGGAUGAGGGGUGGAAUCAAAUCCAGUUUAACCUGGCUGAUUUCACCAAGAGAGCAUAUGGUACUAAUUAUGUGGAGACACUGCGAGUUCAGGCACAUGCAAACUGUCGCCUGAGAAGGAUUUACUUCUCUGACCGCCUCUACUCUGAAGAGGAACUCCCUCCAGAGUUCAAAUUGUACCUUCCAAUGCAGAAAUCAUGAAAAAAUGGGAGUUUGGAGUUGUAGCCUGGAGAAAUUGAUGUGAUUUUAUAUGUGUACUACAUAUAGUUAUACUAGUUGACUUUAUUCUAAACUUUGUAUCUAUGUUGUGCUAGAUUAAUAUUGCUCGUUCCAGUAACAUUAAGUUGUGUUCUGAUGCUUGUCUCUAAUAUUGGAAGUUGACUUUGAUGAUGAUUCA